UUUUCUUGGGUCUAUUCUCUUGUUUCAUUAUUCUGAACUGUUCAUACCUAUCUUGAGUACUAGUUGAGACUUCUUUCCAUUUGCUUGGAUGAACAUUUAGAAGAAUGCUUUCAUCUGAUUCCACAAAUUAACCAUGUUGUUUCUAUGGUUUCUGUCCUUGACAUGCUUCAAUCCAAUCCAAGCUCAGCAAUACUAUGACUCCUCGGAUUGUUCAGCAGAUACCAGCUAUCCAGGUUCAAGAUACAUUUGCAAUUCCUCACAGAAACCAUGCUCUACAUUUCUAGUCUACAGGGCCAAUCAACAUUUCAAGACUAUCUCAAAUAUCUCCCACUUGUUAAAAGUAAAUGUUCGCGUGCUGCUUGACUUAAACAGUCCUUCAUCUGCGUCAGGCAUACUUGAACCAGGUAGAGAAGUUCUUGUUCCUGUUACCUGUUCUUGUAUAGAUGAUUUCUUUCAGGUUGAUUUCAGCUAUGGGGUACCUGAAAACACAACUCUCUCAGAAGUUGCUUGUGCACUUUUUGAAGGUUUGGUGAAAUCACAUACCCUUGUUGAGGAAAACAUGUCUAAAGAAAAUGAUGUUAAGGUUGGUUCUGAACUUCAUGUGCCUUUGAAAUGUGCCUGUCCCAAUAAUUUCAGCAGUAGUAAUGGUAUUAUGUACCUUGUCACAUACCCUUUGAUAGAAGGAGAUACACUAAGUAUCCUCAGCCAAAAAUUUGGCAUCUCUCCAGCAGAUUUAUGGGCAGUUAAUCAUUUUGAACCUUGGCCUACUGUUUAUCCAGAAACCACCAUCUUACUUCCCCUGAAAAAACGUCCUGUCAUCAACUUCAAUAUCCCAAAUUCUCCACCUCCGACUCCUGGUUUUCUUCCCACAAACACAGUAGAAAAGACAACCAAUACAAAGUUGAUGAAUCUGUACAUUUCAGCUUCAGUUAUUGGGUUUUUUCUGCUACUUACAGCAUUGGUUGCAUGUGGGUGGCAUGCAAAGGCCUUAUGCAAGAGAAAAUUUAACAAGUUACAAUCCUUCAAUACUAGAAGCUCUCCGCUUUCUUGUUCAACGGUUAGAAGCUCUCCUAGAUCAGGUCAAACAGGUAGAAGCUCUGCAAUUUCUUGUUUAUCCCCUGAUCUUCUUGUUGGGAUUAAGUAUUCCUUGAAGAAUUAUAGUAUAGAGGACCUCAGAAGGGCAACUAAGAAUUUCAGUGAGGAAAAGAAGAUUGGAGAUGGAGCCUACAAGGGGUUGAUUGAUAAUUUUGAAAUGAUGAUCAAGCAAAUGAGAUUUGAAGAUACUGGCCAAGUUAUUGAUGCACAUUCCAAAGUCAAUCACAUCAAUAUUGUAACUUUGCUUGGUGUGUGUUAUGGAGACAAUGAUUCCUCUUGGUCUUACCUUGUGUUUGAGUUACCUAGCAAGGGCUCCUUGAGGGAUUGCUUAGCUAAUUCAUCUAGUUCUCUACAAUGGCAUAGGCGAACACAAAUAGCUUUUGAUAUUGCUACAGGUCUUCACUAUCUACAUUACUGCAUUUUUCCUUCAUGUGCUCACAUGGGUGUCAGCAGCAGAAACAUUUUUGUCACGGCAAACUGGAAGGCAAAGCUUACAUAUAUCAGAACCAACUCUGCUGCUGAAUCUCUAAUUAAAGGAAAUGAUAAUGUAGAUAUUGAUAAAGGAUGGGUUGCACCAGAGUACAUUCUCUAUGGCUCAGAUUCUGAUAAGGUAGACAUAUUUGCAUUUGGAGUAGUUUUACUAGAGCUAAUCUCAGGCAGAGAGGAUAUUGAUGGAAAAUCAUUCAAAGAUUGCAUUGGAUUUUUAGGAGGGGGAGCUAGUGAAGGUGGUUGUUUUGAACAAUUGAGGAGCUUCAUGGAUCCAUUUCUGAAACAGGAUUAUCCUCUUGCUGAGGCCUUGUGUUUAGCAGUUUUGGCAAAGGCAUGUGUGGAAGAUGACCCACUGCAUAGACCAUCUAUGGAUGACAUACUUAAAGUCCUUGUUAGAUUGCUAUGACUGCUAGAAGCAGAAAUUGGAGAAAUAUUAUCAAGAAGCAUCACUUUAGGCCAGUUCUGGUAUUAUCAGUUUGUAAUUGUAUCAUAUCCCACAAUAAAUUACAUGUAUGGUAUAUUGUAAAUUCAUGAAAAA